AUGCACCCAUCUAUCAAGGAGCAUCCCCUGUUACUCUAUCUCACCUCAACUGAUAAAUCUAUUUGUGCCCUACUCGCGCAAGAGAUUGACGGCCAGGAACGACCAAUCUAUUAUCUUAGCCGCCUCGUCCGUGACGCCGAAUCUCGAUACUCAGCCAUUGAGCGCCACUGCCUCGCCCUCACCUUUAUAGCAAAGAAGUUCAGACAUUAUUUCAUAGCCCACCCCAUUUAUUUGAUCACAUGUUGCGAACCAUAUCAGCAUCUCCUCUCUAAGCCCAUCUUUUCUGGCAAAGCAUCACACUGGCUUUUAGUAAUUUCCGAGUUUGACAUCACGCGCCACCCCCCAUGGGCCAUUAGGAGCCAAUCACUAGCUGAUCGACUCGCCCAAUUCCCAGAGCAAUGGCAUGAGCCCCUUGACAACGCCUUCCCCCUCGACGAGCUCCAGGUCGCCAUAGCACACGCUAGUCAUGAUGAGUGGCAACUCGCUUUCGAUGGUUCCUCCACUUGCACGGGGGGCAGAGUAGGAGUUAUUCUCACCUCCCCAACUCAGCAAAUCACUGCAGCCUUCAAACUUGCUUUUCACUACUCUAACAACGAAUCUGAAUAUGAGGUCACCGGCGAGUAUGCCAUUCGCGAGCCCUUACUCGCCUCUUACCGCGCAAUCAUCCAGAGGCUUUUCGCCCAAUUCUAUUUUGUCCGGUUUACUCAUGUCCCUCGCUUCAACAAUCGCUACCUGGAUGCGCUUGCAACAUUGGUGUCUGCCCCCAAGAGGCCAAAGCGGUUCUCAAAGUUGCCCAUGAAUAGCACUGUGCUACCCCUCUCGCACUGCAUCGGUGACUCCAGCGCCAGGGUUAUUACUGGCCCGAUAUGGUUGUACAGGCGAACGCCCUCUAAGGCACCUACUCGCAGUGUCAAGCCAUGA